AUGCAGAUCGCGCCCUCUGCUGGGGAGAUGGCAGCACUGCUCCAUACCUGCAGGGUCCAGAGACCCUUGAAAGAAGCAGGGGCCCCACUGCUUCUACCUCCGCCGCCGCCGCCUGGGGAGAGAGGAAGCAGGAUAGGAGCCCACAUCCACGCUGCGCUGCCAGGAGGAAAGACGUUCGCCUGCGCCAAGCUCGCCCGCACCCCCGCUCUGAUCCGAGCUGGAUCCAGAGUUGCAUACAGACCAGUUUCUGCAUCAGUGUUAUAUCGACCCGAGACUAGGACUGGAGAGGGCUCUGCGAUGUUUAAUAGGGCCCAGAAUGGUAUGUGUCAGCUGAUCCCAAGGGAGUUUCAGACCAGUGUCAUCAGCAGAGACAUUGAUCCUGCUGCCAAAUUCAUUGGUGCGGGUGCUGCAGGAGUUGCUGGUUCUGGUGCUGGUAUUGGAACAGUCUUUGGCAGCCUUAUCAUGGCUUAUGCCAGAAACCCUUCACGGAAGAAGCAGCUGUUCUCCUACCCCAUCCUGGGGUUUGCCUUGUCUGAAGCUAUGGGUCUCUUGUUUGAUGGUCGCUUUCUUGAACUUGUUUGCCAUGUAACAGAAAUUACUGUCUGAAAUGUUGGCAUUCAU